AUGAUGUGGAAGAGGUUCAUCGUGGUGAUGGAUGAAGUUGAAGAAAUCAAUCAGUUGUCUCACGAUCCAUCUGGCGUGGAGCAUGGAGACAGAGUGCUCUCAGUCGGUCAACAAGAGAAGGAAGAAGAGGUGAUCAAAGAUGUUGAGAUGAAAGAAGAACAGACCUUUGCUGCUCCUCAGCAUGCCAACAUUUCCAAUGACUUCCCUCUCUAUCUGGCUGGGUGUAACUCGUCUCAAGCGGUGGAGGAGAAAUUGGCUUACUUAGCGCCGACUGCUGGCGAUGUCAUGAUUGAAUUGGAUCCUUCAGAAGGUCAGAGGAUUGACAUGAAUAGUGGGAUCAAAGGAUUCAAUGAAUCAGACAGCUUUGUGCCGUUUGACCCCUUUGCACCUCUACCGCCCAGCCAAGCCAAUGACAGUGUACCGCAGAACACUAACGAGAUGGUCAUGAAUGUACAGGACCCUGGUGUAUUGAAGACUCAGUACCUGUGUACCAACAAUGAUCCAUUGCUACUUGACAAAAGACCAAACCUGGAUACAGAGAAGCAACCUAUCAAUGAUGUGGUUGCUAAGCAACAGCUUCCAUGUGAUGAGCUAGCUAUGAGGGCUCCAUACAUUCCUAUGGGUGAGGAUUUUGACCUGUCAACCGAUUCUCUUCUUGGUGACAUGGAUCCCUUCACGAGUGAGACUUGGAUGCCUGUAGAUCCAUUCGGCACAGGUUCAAUUGAUAAGAACCUAAGACCAAUGGAAGAUAAUGGGAUGGACUACCCAUGCUCUCAGAGUAGCAGCUGUCGUACAUCAGGCAGCCCCAUGGAGUCCUGUAACAGCAGUCUGAGCGGCAGUGUACCCAAUCUUUACUUUCCCAAUUCCUCACCCAGCACUCCUCAGCAUACCCCGCUCCUGCUCUCCCCGGCCAUGUCGCCCCACAGCGGUGCCCCCACGCCGAUGCUGCACUCGCCGAUGAAUCCGAACCUUCUGUCUCCACUGGGCCAACCAUCUCAUCAAGACGACAGACUCUUCGCCUCACCGCUUCCGUCUCCUGCACCCAUCCAGCAGCCUCUGGGUGUGUACAUCCCCUACCCUCCUAUGUCGUCCUACCAGCAGGUGUCUCCCAACCCUCAGAACAUCAUGUCGCCCCCUCAUCAGAGAUGCCAAACAAGCAUACAAUCCCCGCCCCUCAAGCGGAAGCAGGAGCAUCCAGAUUGCGGUGACUGCGCUCCUAGAAGCAAGAUAAGUCGGUCGGAUGGGCUGUUAGAGAUGCUUGGGAUGAGGAAUGGUAGAGGAGGAGGAGAGGAUGACGACAGGGUCAUGUAUGUCAAGAGAGAACCAGACCAAGAACUUGACAAAUCAUCCACAGGUGAGAGUCCUUACAUUGACACAGGCGCAGCAAGAGGAGGGGGUGGACAACAGCCGACUCCAAGAGAUAAUAACAUGGAUCUACUAUCAGCACUCCUUACUAAAGUUGAUAAAGACAAUGUCAAUCCAUUCAGACAUUCACAAUUACUACAAAUAGUUGCUCAAAGGGUCUCUGGGAAUGGCUCUUCUAAAGGCCCUAACACUCUACUGCAUGCUAGCACAUCCAACCUGCCAUCAUCCAUCAAGCCCAAGAACCAACCAGAGCAAGAGCCUAAGCAUCAGGGCCAGCCUGCGAGGAAGAGCAGUAUCACCCAGCUCUUAGGCAGAGAUGGAUUGCCUCUAGGAGCUGCUCUGCCACUCAUUACAAACCUGGAUGCAGAAGUCAAUGCUCCAUUGCCUACCAACAGGUUGCUACAGGGGGAAGACCUCUUGCAAGCCCUGGACCUAACAGCCCCAUACUGACCUUCAUGGAACCCCUGAUAGAACAGGGAUGGAGAAAGAGAAAAGGUUAUUACAGGGGUGUGAGAGUUCAGAUUUUUAGCUGAUUUCAGAUUUUUUUUCCAGCUUAAUUUCAGCUUACUUUUGGCUUUCCUCUGUAUCAAAUGUAUGGGAGCUUUUUCUAUUUCAGACUUUUUCAACACUCUAACAGCUUUAUUCAGAUCUUUUUUUUGUGACCACUCACACCCCUGGGUUAAUAUCAAUGCAUUUAAAGUAGCUUUCCAUGAAAAUAUUUAUUUCCAGGAUAGCUUUCCAUAAUGACAUUGUAUAUUAUAAGUGGUCUGCUAUGUAUGGAAUGUUGUAGUCAUGAUUUUAUUAAAACUUCAGUAUAUCAGAGAACUUGCUCAAAGACAUACGCUUCAGCAUAACUGGAGGGGAAGAAUGUUACAGUGAUGAUAUUUGGAUUCUUUGUAAUUGUUUCUGUAAAUAAAAGUGGAGUAGUGAUGAACUAAAUGUAGGUUCAUACAUCUUUGAAAUAUACAUGUAUGUCAGUGAAUAGUGAACGGAUGUUGUCGUGGAUGUGCACAAAACAUGAAAUUAUGCCCUAUAAAUGCACAAAUGUGAUUGAUGUUUCUCUGUCUUGGCACACUAUCAAUACAGCCUUUGAUUGUAAAUUGGUAUUUCUGAAGCCAUUAUCAUACAUGAUCCAGUUCACAUUUUUUCCUCCAGAUUUAAUUUUUCAUGUCUCUUUAUGUAAACUUGAAAGUAAGUAUUUUAAAUUUUUUUUAUGGGGUUGGCAUGCAUGCUAAACCUUAAACAUAACUAUUAAAAGUUAUUGUAAAUAGAUGAGAUGUUUUUCCUGCUACAUUUAUUCUUAUAAUGUACAAUGUUCUGUGAUGUAUAUUACACCGAACAUUUACAUGCUAUGUAUAUUGCUGGGUUAAUGUAAUUCCUCUUUUUUUGUACAGAAAUGUUCCUGGGACAUUUGUUUUUUAUCACCUUAUUUCCCUUUUUAAUACACCUUUUCAUCUUCCUGUGGGGACCCACAGGUUUAUCUUACCCAACACUGUGGUCUGUUGUAGAAAACAUAAAAGACAAUAAGUUUGUUAACCCUUUGGAUACUGAGCACGCAUAUAUGCAGGUUUGGAUCUGUGGAGAAUGUGUAUCAAAGCACAAUGAGCCAGUUUUGAGGGGGUUAAAUAUAAUAUUGAGAUUUUCAGUAGAUUUCUAUCUUUAUUUUCCAUUUCAUGGGGAUUUCGAAUCCAUACUUCAACUUUGUUUAUUUUGUGAGAUUAAGGGAUUGUGCUAAAAUUCAUUAUUUACAACUUUUCUUGAUUUCACUUAGACCUGAAAUGUUUACUUUGGAUCUACUUGAGAUCACUAAAAGAUGUAUGCUUCCUGUCAAAUUAUUAUAUAUCCUCCAUUUAUGUAUACCAUAAUAGAAAUUUGUUUGGGAAAUGACUUUUGUAUAUUAGAUGAUUUAUAUUAUAUUUUCACCAAACAUUGUUUUUUUUUUGUGUAGUCUAUAAAAUUACCUGAUGUAAAUAUAUCACUAUUGAGAAAUAGAUAAUUUAUUUACCAUUUAUUUACCAUUGGGUAAGUUAAGUAAAUGUAAUAUGAUCUUCAAUCAUACACUUCAUGUAACUAUAUUGUGGUAGUCAGGGGGGUAAUUUAGGGAAGAGGUUUUAGUUUACAGAGAAUGAUCCACAAAUUAUCAAUUACUACAUCAGAUAAUUUCGGGGUGAUGAAAAAAUAUUUUUAUUUCUUUGUUCUCUAAGAAGCGUGAAGAAGACUAAUACAUUUGAUGCAUGAAAAUAUAUUCUUGAUACAACAGAUUUUAGUAAUGGAAGUUUUAAAAACGACUUUAUAAUUUUGUACACAAAACUAUUUUUCUUCAUUGUCUCUCAUGUUAUCUGUGCAUGUGUGUGUAUGUGUGUCUUUGUUGAUAAAAAGAAUUCAUUGUGGUGUUAAUUAGGAGAAAUGUAGAUUACUCCUGUUUUGUUUAAAAACAAAAUAUGUGUAGAGAUUGUGAUGUCCAGAGUUAUUUAUUUUAACAAUGGCAAGUAAGCAAGUAAGUGGAAUUGUUUAAUUAUAAUUGUGUCUUCAGGCAAAACUGUUUUUUACCUAACACCAGUCCUUGAGAUAAUGGAUAAGAUGUGGAUUUAGAAUGUAAGCCUCACUUCUAAAUCCUGACAUGUGAACCUGUAUGACAUUAGUAGCAGUACAUAUACUUUACAAUCUUCCAUAUAUAGAAAUACAAAUAUUUUGAAUGUUAGAUAUUAAAUAUGACAUCUUGCCUCUCUUUGAUUCCAAAUCAUCUCAUUUAUAUUUAAAAAAAAAUCAAUGAUAUACUUUAAGAAACAACUCAAAAUAAAGAUAUCUAUGAAAGACAACUC